AUGUACUCCUAUAUAUUCAUCUUGAUCCUCGCAACUGUAAAUGUCUUCUCAGAAUUUACUAGUGAAGAUUGCCAGUCUCUAGGAUUUAACAGAGCUAAUUUAUUAUGCUCGACUUGUGAUCAAUUUUCUAAAUACAAUUUAAGUGAACUUGAUAACAACUGUCAAGAAUGCUGUCUCAAAGAAGAAGACUCAAGCUCGAAGCGUUAUCCACGAGCAGUGCUUGAAGUUUGUACAUGUAAAUUCGGAGCUUACCCUCAAAUCCAGGCUUUCAUAAAAAGUGAUCGUCCCAGCAAACACAAAAACCUUGAGAUUAAGUACGUCAGAGGCCUGGACCCAAUGAUUAAACUUUAUGACCAUGAUAAUAAACUAGAAGACAUACUUGACAUCACUAAAUGGGAUACUGAUGACGUCGAAGAGUUUCUCCAAACUCACUUAAUGCGGGAUUAA